AUGGAUACGUCAGCUGUGGUACUUUCACCGACAGCACACGUAUCGGGUGUGGAAAUAGUCCAGUGUGCUGACUGUAGUGCUGACGAUCCUCAAUGGGCCUCGAUUAAUCGUGGUGUCCUGAUAUGCAACGAUUGUUGCUCUGUUCACAGAAACCUAGGCCGACAGUACUCACAAGUACGCUCAUUAAAUCGAGGGAUGUGGGAUACAUCACAGCUGGAACUCGUCAAGCUGCUUCACAAAACUGGUUCUAACCGUGUGUGGGAACACGCAAUGCUUCGACCCUGCUUCUUCUUCGAAGUUCAAAAGGAAACCAUUACCUCAGCCAAAUAUGUUGAUCAUGCGUUUAUCCGAAAGCCCAGUAAAGAUGAUGAGCCAUGGAGUUUAGACGAUGUAAAUAAACAGCUGUGGUCUUGUGUUCGUACAGCACAUGUGGAUACAACGUUGAGGCUUUUAGCGAUGGGAGCCGACGUCAAUUACGUGGACAGCGAGAAAGGAAAUAGCCCACUUCACGUUGCGGCGAAGGAGGGACAAGCAAUGCAGGUGGAACUUCUGUACAUUUAUGGUGCUGACCCACUGUUGUGUAAUGCUGCAGAACUCACUCCUGCACAACUUGCUAGAUUGGAUGGUUUUACUGACCUCGCUAAUCGCUUGGACGAGUUAUCGUUCGAUUUGACCAACAGGUUAUCGCUGUUUCUUUGUGGUCGAAAGCCAGAUCAUCAGCACCAACAGCACUUCUUAAUUCCUGAGCUCACGGCCAAGAAUACGGUUGAAACAUUGCGAUCCGUUAGGUUGAAGAUCCAAGCGCUUCCUGAUUGUGCUUUCGAAAAGCUACUCCAAGACGUUUAUGAUGAGGUUGAUCGCCGAGAAACUCAAGCAGCAUGGAUGGCUAUGAACCAAGGCAAAAUAACCUCGGGCAAUGAGCAGUGUGUAGCAGUUUUUCUCCCAUUGAAUCCCUCCUUUUCUGCUACAAGGAAUCAAUUACGGCAGAAGCUUGCUAAGUACGACGUCCGAGAGUUUGCGACACUCAUCAUAGAUGUACUGAAGGAAGCCAAACGAAGGUACUUCGGUCUUCCUCUCGAACCUGCACAGGACACUUUCGACACCUCCACUAAUCUUCACAAUAUAUCUAGUAAUACGCGAAUGGAUUCUAGCGAGUUCAAUAGGGAUUACGAUGAAGUCGCCGAUUUUUCUGGUAGGAACAGGAGAUCGUCCGGUAACAAAACGAGAUCGACGUCUUCUAUAGAUGCUGCGAUCGACGGGCGUGUAUCUAUAGACGAUGUGCUAGAGUUGAAAGAGCGAAUGACGGAGAACGAAAAUAAGCUAACUUCUAUCUGCCAUACCAAUACGCAAAUUAUGAAGAUACUCACAAAUCUGCAGAAUUCUAUGGAGCAUAUGAGGGUUGAAAACACGUGUUUAAAGGAUGAGAUUGUUCGCUUAUCCGAGCAAGCAGCGUUGUUGAGGCGAUUACCGUCUCCAGCCACCGUACCUCAUGUGACGUCAAAUCAUAUUGUUGAACGAGCACAUUCGGUAGGAGUGGAUCGUGGAGAACGGGUUGGACGCCCACCGAUAGAAACCGAGUCAAGGAUUGCCAAACGACAUGGUAGCAUAAGUGGAUCAACACCUGGCUAUUCUCGUAUGGUGCCUAGUGGAAGAAUGAGCGCUGAAAAUCACAGGGAUCGUGACGAACCUCGUGACGGUUCACGAGAAAAGCUGCGAACUCGUGACAAUCGUGAACGGAACAUGGAAUCGACUGACUAUGCUUCUAUAACUCCUGCUCCACAACUGGUUGCUUCAAAAGUUCAAGAAGCAUUUAGCGAACCGGUAUUUCCUGACAAUCUCAUACGUGAGACGGAAAAUCUCACCGUAGCGAUUCGAUCUCUUCUCACAGAUGCUCAACACAAACAGCUACAUGGUCGUUCCAGUGAGCACGCUCAUAAGGUACCUUUUCACAAUUCUUUUCUUUUUAAU